UCGGUAUGUCAUGUUGAUGUGGGAUUGUGGGUGUAGUGUGUGGAAUGUGGUGUAGUAUGUAUGCCCAAGCAGCAAGCUGCAAACUCAGCCUCAGGGCAGGCCAGCAAACCUGCCAAGCAAAUAAAGCUCUCAACAACUCAAACCAAGCAAAGUGGAGUUUCAUUUUGCAGAAUCAAAGAGCCGCUGUGAUCUGACUGACGAGCGCUGCAAGAAACGCUGUGGACAAGGAGUGACAUUUCAAAUGAAAAGAGAUAGCACAAGUAGCUUUUGACCUAUCAAGAGCCAUGGCUGUGUAGCACUGUGUACGUUGGUGGCUGCGAGAUGUCGGUGUAUUUUAAUUACUCAUUGGCCACAGGAGUUGCUCAUCCAGCUCACGUUGAUUUGGCAGGCCAUCCGCAGUAUUCCAUUCUAGCUGUCGCCUGUGAAGGAACAUCUCACGCUGGCCAGCCUCUUGGAGUAGUCAAUGUUUUCAAGGAGGAUGGCAAUGCAAUUGAAGGUGCCAGCGUUCACCGCUCCUGUCCCCCGGUCUUGCUGGAAUGGCAUCCAGUGCAGCGCUUGCUGGCCGUGGCAUGGAAGAGUGGUGAAAUCACAGUCUACAACGAUGAGAUAGGAGAUGUGAUUGAGACAUCGCUAGCCCACAAGUCCGGUGUUGUUGUGUUUAUGCUGUGGAAUGCGGCUGGCACUCGGCUCGUGUCUGGAGACGAGAGCGGUGAAUUGGCAGUAUGGCACUUCCACUCGCGGUCCAAACAUGCUGCAGCAAAGGUGCAUAGUACUGCGCCGAAGAUGCCCAAUCAUACCCAAUCAUUUGAUGGUCUGGCAGCAGGUGUCAUGUGUAAUGUUGCAGAGACCUCGCAGACCAAGCAUGUACCUUUGUCCCUCAAUCCAGACAAGAAGACAUUGGCUCUGGAGCAGUUCCUGGGCCGGUCUCGGCACGCAACGUCACAAGCUCGAAGUGCACCUCUCUUCAAUGAGAUGCUGCUGAAUCACCCUACUCCCCCACGCACACCAUUGUCGUUCUAUGUUGGAACUCCUACAGGUGGUGUUUUCUACCUGAACGCAUCCAAUGAUGUUGUACGUGUAACUGAGCUGGACAGUGGUGUGCAUGUGCUGAAAAUGUGCCAGGGCCAGGGUCAAUCCACCCUGGUUGUUUUGACUGAACGGCAAGAGCUUGUCUCGUUCCCGAUAAAGCCUGAUGGAUCUGUUGGUGACCCAGCCUCGGUUCGCUUGUCUUCUGUCAAUUUCCCCAGAGAUAUUAUCUGGACUGUCCCAGGGUUGCUUGCAUACACUGUUUGGGAGAGAUCCGUCAACAUGUGGAACUUUAACACGCAGGAGACUGUUAUGAUCGUGCCGCAGAACGACUCUAGUUACAUCAAAUGCAUUGCCUUCAACGGCCUACAUGCCAACACUCCCGGUGUCCUGGUGGCUGGAACUGACAAUGGCUUUGCCUUGCAGUGGUGGUACACUGAAGCAAAGCGAAAAAGUGGCAAGGCAACGGUGGCGGAUGACGAGGAGGAAGUGGAUCCAGCUACACAAUGGGAAGCGCUUGAUCCAAUUUCUAUUGAAGGCAACCCUACUCAGAUUCAGUGUGUUGGUCCUAGUGGUGUGUUGGCCUACGUAUACGACACCAGGGUGGUUCUACUGCGGCCAGGCGUCAUGAGUGCUUGUUUCAACAAUCGGGUGUGUGCAGUUCAAGUUGGCCCAAGCCGUGUAAUCGUCGAGAAUGUGCAGGCAAAGGAAGUCCGUGAGCUUCGCACCGACUUGCAUGUGAAUGGCCUACAUGCUUCGGAUGAGAAUGUUCUCAUCUGGAACUACGGUGAAGUUGCUGUGUAUGGUGCCACUUUGGAUGGAUCGUACCGAGUAGCUGGCUCUUUCCAAAGUCAGGGAACCAUGUUUGCGCUCUUCAAGCAAAGCGUCAUUAUUGCCCGACGCCAAGACAUCCUCAUCACCUCCUUCACAGGUACGGAGAAGCAGAGCUUGCGCUUGCAGGAAAGCGAUGGAGAUUGUGAGUUGAUGUCCAUCAACGAACCGUAUCUUGUUGUGGGAACGGGAAACGCUAUGAUCCGAGUGUACGACUUGUCACGAAGAGAGGCGAGAUGUAUUCGCAGCGCUAAUGUUGGCCGUCAGAUCUCUCACACUACAACUAAUUUCUACAGCCUGCAGUGUAAUUCUGACUGCACUUUUGUCAGUUUCCAGUUUAAACGACCGGAAUCCGAUGUGCCUGAUCCGCGACUCUUUAUCUGGGAUUUUGAGACCGACGACAUCCACGUGAUGGACUUUGAGUCGAUGGCAACUGGACUGCAUGACUGCCCCGAGCUUAGUCCACCUCUCACCACUGCCAGCGAUGAGAUCCAGCAGCUGGCCAAGGAUCGCUGUCCAAUUUCUCAUUUCUGGGAUAAGAAAGAUACCAGACUGUUAGUGUGUGAGUGUGCGCGUGUUUGCGGUACGCCUUCCUUGACCGCCGCCGGUGAACUUAGCCCACGACGUGCUAGUGCGCCCGAGAGCAAGGUGGAUGUGGCAGCUAUCAGCUUGUUCUUUACCAGCGAGCAUGGUGUACUCUUCCAAGAUUGCUUCCAAAUUGACAAGAACUGCACAGGUCUCCUUGGUGUCUCAGCGCCAUUCAUCUAUUUCUCUAAAAAGUAUUCAGACCCUGCUGGACUCGAUGUUCGCCAGGGCGUGGAGUCCGCAGUGGCCACGAUUCCAAUGCGUGACUUUAGUGACGUGGACAAGGCAGUUCUGGGCGAUGCAAGCACAUGCUCUGCUCUCCUGGACUUCAGCUUUCACUUGACGCUGGGCAACUUGGACGAGGCGUUCAGUAGGAUCAGCAAGAUCAAAAGCAAUAGCAUUUGGCAGAACCUGGCCAAGAUGUGUGUGAAAGCACAGCGACUGGAUGUAGCCUCCGCUUGCAUCAGUAACAUGGGAGAUGUGACUGCGCUGCGUGCCAUGAGAGAUGCUAAGACAGGCGGCGAUGAAUCAGAGGCUCAGCUGGCAGUUAUAGCUAUCCACUUGGGAAUGCUAGAUGAUGCUGUUGAGCUGCUCACCGGUUGUGGACGCUUUGAUCUUCUCAAUGACCUGCACCGUGCAAGGGAUGACUGGGAUUCGGCCGUGCGAGUGGCGCAGGACCAUGAUCCUAUCCGUCUGCGCAACACCCACUAUGCUCAUGCCAAGCGCCUGGAGUUGGAAGGCAAUACCAAAGGAGCUGCACAAUUCUUUGAGAAAGCGGGAACCCACAUCAAGGAUGUACCAAGAAUGCUUGCGUCAAAUCCGGCGGAGCUUCAGACAUACGUCGCUAAGAGCCACAAUAGUGAGUUGUCCAGCUACUGGGGCUCCUAUCUAGAGAGUAUGGAUGAGCUAGACAUGGCUCUAGAGUACUACUCUGAAUGUGCUGAUCACCUCAAUCAAGUGCGAAUCCUCUGCUUCAGUGACAGAUACCAAGAGGCUGCAACUGUGGCUCGUCGCAGUGGUAACAAGGCUGCUUGCUUCCACUUUGCAAAGCAAUGUGAACAGGCUGAAAUGACAUCUCAGGCCGUCGAGUUCUAUUCUUUGGCCUUGGCAUACACGAAUGCAAUCCGUGUAGCAAAGGAAUGUCACAUGGAUCAUGAACUGAUGGGUUUAGCUCUGCGCAGUACGAAAGAAGACAAGGUGGAAGUUGCUGAGUACUUUGACAUGAAUGGAGUGCACAGUAAUGCUGUGAUUCUGUACCAGAAGGGUGGUGCUGUGGCCAAGGCUAUCGAGCUGGCGUUCAACUCUAAGGAGUAUGAUGCACUGGACAGCAUAGCGGCUGACCUGGAUGACGACACAGACCCAGAGCUGCUGAUGCGCUGUGCUGACUUCUUCCUGUCCAACGGGCAACACGAGCGUGCCGUGCCGAUCUUGGUGUCAGCCAAGAAAUAUGUUGAUGCAAUAGAACUGUGUUCCAGGCACCGGAUUGAGCUAACCAAGGAGAUGGCGGAGAGAAUGACACCGCCAAAGACGGAUAAUGAAGUUGAGAAGGAGAAGCGUAGAGUCUUGUUGGAGAGGAUGGCCAUGUGUGCUGAAGAGCAAGGCUCAUUCCAGCUAGCAUGCAAGAAGUUCACACAAGGUGAAAUGCCUAUCAAGGCAAUGAAAGCCCUCCUGAAGCACGGCAAGGUUGAGACAAUCCUACUGUAUGCCAAUGCCAGCCGGAACAAGGAAUUGUUCUUGAUGGCGGCCAACUGGUUGCAGCUGCAGGGCUGGCAUAACGAUCCGUCCGUUGUCACUCACAUUGUGUCAAUGUAUACCAAGGCCAGGGCUCCAGAGCCACUGGCUAGUUUCUAUGAAGCCUGUGCUUCGUGUGAACUGGAUGAGUACCGGGACUACGAGAAAGCAAUGGGUGCCCUGGAGCAGGCCGUGCGCUAUCUUCAGAAAGCCAAGCGCAAGUCUGAUGACGUCGUCACCCUGGAGUCACGUGUUGAUUUCCUGGAGACCAGAAUUUCCCUGAUGCGCAAGUUUCUGGAGACAAAGGCGCUGAUGAAAACGGAUCCGGAGGCCAGCCUGGUGCAGUGCAGAGCACUCAUUGGUCAAGCAGAUGUGGAGACUGCUGUUGCCUUCGGGGACAUCUACUCCCUCAUGGUUGAAUAUUAUGCACAGAGAGGAGAUGCUCGAGAGGCAUAUGAGUUGAUGCAAGAACUCAGUCCACUGCUGUCUGGCCAGGACAUGGCCUAUUACAUUCCCCUCAGUAUCAUUGAGAAUGUGCAUCGUUCCCUUGGCAUACCGCUUGGCCGUGGCCUGGGUGGUGAUCGCGGUGCUGCACAGCGUGGUGGCGCAGCCGCCGAUGCACCCAGCGAUGACGAUGAUGAUGACAUUGCCGAUGAGUUGGGCGUGUGAAGCAGUUAACUGCACUCUGCUGUGCGCGGCUGUGUGUUGCAACUGAUCCUGUGCAGUCUGGACCUGUGCACCCCGCAAGCUUCUUGCCUCUCACUUCUGUGACCAAUGGGUUUGAGAAUACAAGGAGAUGACACCAUCGAUGUUUCGUCAUUUGGUCGUUAUUAUUAAGCCUAGUAGCUUUUCCAGUCACUGUGAAUGCUGCUCUCUAUUGUUCUGCUUGUAUUGGUGUGGUCCUGUAGUAGUUAUCAUUAUAUUUGGACUAUGAGUGAAAGUGCAAUGUUUUGUUCUUACCGGUAAGCCAUGAAGGCCUACAGUUAGGUAAAAGGUAGAGAACUGCAUGGGACCUGGUACAACAUUUUGAGUGCACAAUGGUAUUACCGGUAUUACAGGUCUGCACUGUCAUUCAUGACCUUGCUUUUUAAUACUAGUACUUAGUAGCCCUUUUUUUCUAACCAGUAGUGAUUUAUCUCAAAACUACCAGAAUAUUUUAUUAUUAUUCUUGUUCUCAUGUUGACAAGACGCAAUAAUGGUGUCAAGCUGUGCAUAUGCAGAUGUACUGUUAUCAGCACUACAAUGUAUUUUUAAUACAGCUACAAAAGGAGGACUAAUUGCGCUGUAAGCAUUUCCUAUAAUAUUGUGUCGACAUUUAUGUGUAAAAUGUUAUACAAUGAUCGUAAGGCACACAACGAAAGGGAAAGAGCAUUGCUACGUAGAUUCACUGAUGAAUGUAACAAGAAAACAGUUCUGAACAAAUCCUCUCUUUCCCAUUCGUUGUGUGCCUUGCGAUCAUCGUAUAACAUUUUACACAUACAUGUCGACAUAAUAAUUAUUAUAGGAAAUGCUUACAGUGCGAUUACCUACUUGUACUUCAAGUAGCUAUAAUAAUAAUUAUUAUUAAAACUGCUGUCUCCGAAAUGCUUGUUUACAAUGUAUUUGUCUUUUUGUUUAAAGUUUUUAUUGCAGUGACAAGAUUUUGUUGUAAUGUUGAACUUGAAGUGCUAAGAUGGAUACUGCUAAA